UGCAAGGAUUGUGUGAUGUUGUGUAAACAUGCACAGUGGAUAAACAGCCUGAGUGGUGCCAGUACAAGGGGCACUAGUGUGAGUUUCCUCAGCUCAAUGGCUUACUACAUACAAGGAAAAAUGGGAAAACUGUGGGCUAACUCUGGCCUGUAUGAUGAUCCCAAAUAUUCAUUCAUCGAUCCGGAUUACCACAUAAACAUAGAGGAUUAUUUUCAAAAUGUUGACAUAAUUGAAAAGAGCUCUACGGACAUGAUCCUGGUGAAGAAGGAGCAGAAAGAUGCUGAGCUGGAUAGGAAGAUUGAGGCGUUGCGAAAGAAGAACGAGGCCCUUAUGAAACGCUAUCAGGAGGUGGAGGAGGAUAAGAAACGUGCGGAGCAGGAGGGCAUGGCAAUGCAGAGCCGCAAAGGGAAGGUUGAGGAUCUGACCAUCACUAUCAAUAAGUUCUCUACUGAGAAGCGUGUUGUAACUAAGAAGGAUUUGGGAGAUGAAAUACUUAAAGGGCUGCAGAACCAGGAGGAUGUGUCCAACGUUUUCAGUGUUGGCCGUGGUAAAAGGAGGCAGAUUCUAGUCACUGCCCCUGGAAACACUAAGGGGAAGAGGGUGGUCAGUGAAAGAGUGGAGAAGGGCAGUACUGCUGGUCUAGCAGGGAUCAAGCACUCUACUGAGGGCAGGAGGGAGAUUCUGGAUACUGCUGCCGGGAGAAAGGAUUGUACAAAAUGCCCGGUUGGAAAGAAGCAAGAACGAAAGGGUCGAGUUGAGAGUGCUCAUGGAUUUACUGAUUAUAAUCUCUAUCAUCAGCAAACAGAAGUGCUGACUGAUCUCAGUGUCCCCACAUCCAGCGAUGAGCAGCUGGAGUACCUGCGCUGGAAAAAAGAGAGAGAAGAAAUCGACCGAGAGCGUGUGGCUCGCCACAAAAACUCCCAGGGACAGUGGAGGAGAGCCUGGGACAUGGACAAACCCGAGCUUACGUUUUCUGAAAAAGGCACAGCAGACAGAGGCACACCAAGCAGAGGGGGAAGAAAUGCUAGAAGAGGACAAUCCAGACCUUCAGCAACAGAAUCACGAGGUGCACAGCGUGAUAAGAGAGGAAAGAACGUUCCUGUGGUUUGCAGUAAAGUAAGAGGAAAGGACCGUUUGACUGGCCGAGCUAGGAGAUGGGACGCUAAAGAUGAAGAAGAGCAUUUACAGGUGGGUACAGACACUAGUUUGGAGGAGUUUUUGGAGGAGCUGGAUGCUCUGUGUGAUCCUGAGGUCAAAAGUAACGGUCCAGAAACCGAAACCCGGGAAGCAGAAUCCACUGCGUCUGUAGAGACAGCUACAACCAUCGGCGCUGAGAGUCAGCUUCUUCCUACAGACUCGUCCAACAAAAACACCUCCAUUUCCAGGGGAGCCGAGAAAAAAGUCCGUUUUUCAGAAGACCUCAUUCAUGGAGCUGCUGAGAAGAACACGAACACUGAUAUGAUUGAGAUCAAAGCCAGUUCUUUAAAAAGCACGCCACUGACCAAAAUGGCGCUUGGAGAGCUGGAUGCCGAGCAGGACUUGGGUGAUGAUCAGGAAGGCGUGAAAAGCAACCAGGAACAAAAGGCAGCAGGCAUUCGUCUUACAGAUUUUCAAGCCAAAACACUAGGCCGGUUUGAUUCCCAGGAGACGAGCAUUAAGGAACUGAAACCAAUGCCUGAGAGCUUCCUGAAGGAAGAAACAGAGAGCAAAUCUGAAGAAUCACCUUGUGAUAGUGUUGGUUCGCAAAAUGGCACUGAAGCCAGAGCUUCUACUGAACAGAACCUGUUUCACACGAUGGAACCUCAGAAGAAUAACCCCUCCAGAAAUACCGAUGAGCUGAUCGACUCUAGUCUCUCAGUCCUGAGUUUAGAAUCUGGAAAUUCUCUGCCUGACCACAGCACCAGCACUGAAAAGGCUAGAGAGAACGGGAAAGUAGUUUAGGAUGCAUGUUCUUUCGUGCCCACAUCUGUUCAAGAUGGAAACCAAACAAAGCAAGAGACUGGCUGUUUAAGUCUGAUCCAGCUUCAGGAAUGGUCAGGUUGAGAACUAAUAGAAAUUAGCUCCAUGACAUAGUAGUGGGCAGUUUGGUGAGGUCUAUGAUCCCUAUAUUCUUUUUGUCCAUAUACACCAACUAACAGCUAAGCGUCUGUAUUUGUAAAGAUAUACAGUAUUGUGGCUAAGUAAGUUUCCAUUCAGAAAGAGGGAGAAUGUGCUGUAUUGAUACUGUACAUCUCUGUGUGUUGAAUGGCUUAUUCGUUGGUCUUUCACCAAAACCUGAACAGAUUUGGAUGAAUUAGGAUGUGAUAUUGGCUUAAACAUGCAUGUUAGUACCCACUAUCACAAUGAACCUGUUGAUUCAAUGUUAAGGUGAUUCGUCUUUGUGCGAUUCCAUGAUUGCGGUGCCAUUUGUGCCCCGAUAUUUUUACAUUUACAAAUAUACAAAAGAUAGACACAUACACACACACA